UAUUUUAUCUCCUCCUCUUUCAGGUCUGUUUCUGCUAAGUUUUUAUGUGCAUAGUAUGGCUCAGUCAAGUUCCAGUCUUGCUGACUGUGUGGAAUACUGGUUGAAUAAAGCUGUUGAAUGGGGGCAGAUGAGCACUUUGGAAUCCAUACAAAAUGUUUGCCUCCACCUGCAGAUGUUAAAUGAUUUCCUACAACAGCUUUCUAAAGAUCUCCAUUAUAUGAACACUACAGUGGCCAUAAAAAAAUAUCCUUUAGUCGGCCAGUUACUUGGUAGACUUUGUUGGAUUCCCUGUGUUGUGGUGAGUGAAGAAUGCCAGAAAGCGUUGCUACAGUGUUUGUGGUGCCUGUUCAGUGAUAAACCUCAAAAUGCAGUUGAACUGAAAGCCAAUGAUUGGAUAAAGAGUUUGUUACAACAUUUGGUUUCUGGUCCUGGGGAUUACAGCUAUUCUUUGGACUCUUUUAUUCGUCUCCUAGGAUACACACCUGACGAGUAUUACUCAAGUUAUCUUAAACAUGUUGUUUCUUCAUUAGUGAAAGAACUUAACAGAGGCAACUGUACUGAACCCUUUAUUCCUGUAUGGUUAACUCCUGAAAGGCUGAACAGUUUAUCUACUCUUUGUAUACCUCUUGUUACUUGUUCUGAUGCCAUUCCCUUAAUCAGUGCCCUGCUUUUGCACUCUAAAUCUGAUUCUGAAGAGAUGCUGAAUACUGAUUUAUUUGAGUCCAUUAACAAGGCCUUAUUACAGAAGAAAAUUGUUCUCGAAGAAAAUGUGAUUAUGAAUCUCUGGUUACGGUAUUUUCCCUGCUUUGAAUCAGCCGCAUUAAAUCUAAUUGAAGUGCUUAUUUCAGCUCAGCUUUCUAAUCCACAUGAGAUGGAGAAAGUAUGUAAAGACUCCAUGCUGCCAAAAGCAUCUGCCUGUCACCCUCCACUUUUUCACAUUGUAGAUUACAUCUUCAGGUUUAUACUGUUGGAGUCAGAAGGAAGUCUUAAAAUCCAGAAUUUUAUAAGGAUAUUUACUCAUUGUGUUCUUCAAGAGCAACAGUUUCAGACGAAGCUGCCUCUAAAAGCCUUUUUUCCUCUUCAUUCUCCAUGUGUACUGACAGCACUUCUGUUGCAUCCCUCAGGUGUCCCUUUACAUACAUGGCCUAAGCAUUUGUUUUACUUGUCUCAAACAUUAAAAAACAGUGUGCAGAACAUGGAAAAUAUACAAUUUCAUAAGGGAGUGUUUGAGAACUGGUUUUUGCUAGUCCAUUGUGGAGACUGGGUGGAUAUUGCUGCACAGCAGCUAAUUACUUUGCAAAUUCAGCCUUCAGAUACUCUGCUGUGGCUUUUAGCAUUUUACCACCAUCCUAACAACAAAAACCAACAGAGAACAAAAUUGCAGGCACAUGCAAGGACAGUUUCUGAUCAUUUGAGGACACUUUUCCGAUGUGCAGAUCUCUGUGUCACGCAACUUCAGAUGGCUUUAUCUUUUUGUGCAGAAAAUCCUCUACACACUCAUACCAAAAAUCUUAUCAAUCAGCUGCUGUUAAAUUUCUUAGUCUUUUCUAAUGGUGGCCAUAAAAUUGCAAAGGAUGUGAUCCAAAAGAUGAUGCAAGGUAGUCAAGAGGAUUGGAUUAUGCUUUCAAGUUUUCAACAAAGACUGAAAUAUUUUGGAUUAAUUGACUACAAAGCACAGAGAACGCUGGACUUGCUGUUUGAUCACCUUCAAAAUCAACCAGGAGAUAGGCCAGUGGAAGUAAUAUGUGACUAUAUACCAUAAUAUUAUGAAAUAUCUAGUGAUAUAACCAAAAUAAAUGUCAGCAGCACACUGCAAAUUUAAAUAAGUACUCUUUAUUUUAAG